AUGUUUAAACCAAAAAAGGCAUAAUAAUAACAACAAUAAUAAUAACCAUUUUACUUGAGUUGGUUUACAAGUUAAGGGUAUUAAAUAAGAUGUACAUUAGUUUAGGGAAAAUUUGAAAAGAGGAGGAACAGCUCCACAAUAGUCUCGUAAAGAACCAUUAUAACUUAAAAGUCCCUAUUAAUAACCAUUAACAACUGUAAUUCAUAUGGCACCGAAUCCUUAUAAUAGGAUUAUGUAAUAAUUAAUCAAAUUUUAGGUAAGCUCCAAAAACAAAUAGUAAUAUUCAAUAAAUCUCUAAAAUAUAUGCAUAAAAGUCUCAAUUAUCUAAAAGAAAAAGUUAAGAGUAUGAAAGAUAACGUUAUGAUUUGAAAUCAUAAUCUUAAUAAUCUCGAGCUUUUACAUAAUAGGGAAUAAGACCAUUAAGAUUAAAUGAUGGACGACCUCAUACUCAAUAACAUUUAAUUGAAAAUAAAUUAUGUUAUGAUAAUUUAGAGAGUGAUGAAGAAUAAUAAGAUUAGUUGACUCCAAGAGAUAAUAUGGAAGAUGUUGAAAUUGAUAUGAAUUUAGGGAACUAGUAAAUUAAUGAUUGUUUCUCAAAUGAAUCUAAUGAAGCAGAUAGUGAAGAUCAUUAGAAUUUUUAAUUGCCUGUUUAGAAUGAAGAAGAAAUGUAUUAAAAUUAUGUUAUUAGUUUAGUUAAAAUAAAUCUUGUAUUAGGGAGGAACCAAUCAAAAGUUUAAGAAUAACAAAUAAUUAAAUCAAUAGGCCUUAAACAUCAGAAGGUGGAAGAAGAAGGAGAUUUAUGAAUUCUUUAAAUUAAGCUGAGUAAAAUUAUGAAAAGAAAAAAGAGAUAGAAAGUGAAUAAUUGGAAUACGAAACAAAUAUAAUUUAAGAGGAAUAAGAUAAUUAAGAUAUUUUUGAUGUGAAUACUAAAACAUCUCCUAAAGUAAUGAUGACUAUUAAAAUAGGAAUUAAUCUCUAUUCGAUCCGGGUAUAGGAGAAAAUAAAAUGAUUUAAAUGAAUUAGUUGAAAUUAAUAAUGAAGAACGACCUCCAUCCAGACAUAAAACUCCACCUAAAGCAACUGGAUUAGAAUUUCCAUUAUAAAAUGUAAAUGUUUAAAGGGAUAACGUUGAUAUUCCCAUAAAAAAUAUGUAUGCUCAAAUUAAUGAUGAAAGUAAUUAAAAUUUAUUUUUUAUCUUAGAAAUUUAAGAAGAAAAUGAUGGGGAUUUUGAUUUAGAUUGUUUUAAAAUGAAUAAUAAGAUGAAUUUCAAAAAGUUUUAAUAAAAAGAAAUUCAAGGAUAUCAUACUGAUGAUGGAAAUAAGGUUUAAUAGUAAAGACAUCCUAAAUCUGCCAAUGUUAAACAUAAUUAAUUAUGUUCUACUCUUAAUUCUCAAAUUACUUCAGCAAAUUUAAGAAAUGAAGCAUAAAUAGUUAUAAAAUAUAAUAAUAGUUCUGCUAUUCAAAGAAACAAUGAAACAAUUAAAGUUCCAUUUCAAACUUCAUUAGGAUAGGAUUUUCUAAGAUUGUUUGCCAAUCAUUGUAUGGAAUGA